AUGGUUGCUGACAUGCGACAGGCAGGCAGCCUACUCCAGGGCUGUAUCUGCAUGCAUGUGACCCUUGCAGCACUCAUCGCUAUCACGCUUCUCGGUCUUCUGUCACGCAUGGCUUUGUCAUCGCCUACAGGGCCCGUCUCUGCAAAACUGCUGCUGGACUGGCGCCAGCGCAAUGCGGCGGUGCGUUAG